AUGUCUACCGCCAAUGAAGCUGCUUGGCCCUUGGCCGAUGCCGCCCUGACCCAGGAGAUUCUGGAUCUCCUCCAGUCGGCCAUGCACAUCCGUCAGGCCAAGAAGGGUGCCAACGAGGUCACCAAGUCCAUCAACCGUGGUACUUGCGAGCUUGCCGUCCUGGCUGCCGACACCGAGCCCCUCGCCAUCAUCCUCCACAUCCCCCUCAUCUGCGAAGACAAGGGCGUCCCGUACGUCUACGUUCCCAGCAAGACCCUGCUUGGACGUGCUUGCGGUGUGAGCCGUGCCGUUAUUGCCGCCAGCAUCAGCUCCAACGAGCUGUCUGAGCUUUCCGGCCAGAUCAAGGCUCUGCAGCAGAAGGUUGAGAGACUUGCCAUUUAG